ACAAGACCGCACCUUUAAACGAUAGCACUUACGUUCUCUAGCAAAGCAAUUCAAUAAACGUAACAAAACCCAAAUCGUCCGGCUACUCCUCGGAUAACCAUUACACUCAGUUCCCAGACCGUCGCCGUCAAUUGCCACCUGAAACUUCCAAUUCCUCCCCCUCCACAACCGCCGGAAAUAUCAGCCAAUCUCCCUUGGCCCCUAUUUAGCGCUCAUGGGUGAACAAACCCAAGUACAAGCAAAACCCGAAACCCAAACUCCACCUCAACCCCAACCCCAACCCAAUUCCGACUCCACCCUUGUAUCCAACUCUCCCGUUGAUCUUCCCCCAAACCCCUCUAACCCUUCCAAAAUCCCAAUUCGACCCCAAAAAAUACGAAAACUCUCUUCCCUCCCCUCCUCAAAAACCCCGCAAAUCACCGCAUCCUCCGCGACGCCAGCAUCCACCAAGAGUCGCCGAAAGAGCACACCGAAAUCAUCAUCUAGGGUUUUGCCCCAAAUCAUCAAACCCUUAUCAGCUGACGGCGAAAUCGACAAUGCACUCUUACACCUCCGUUCAGCCGACCCGCUUCUCGGUUCCUUAAUAGACACGCUUCCGGUCCCUCAAUUUGAGUCAUACCAUUCUCCGUUUUUAGCCCUAAGCAAGAGCAUUCUGUACCAGCAACUAGCUUAUAAAGCAGGCACCUCAAUUUACACACGCUUCGUGUCCCUUUGUGGCGGAGAAGAUGCCGUUUGCCCUGACGUCGUCCUCUCCCUAUCCGCUCAACAACUCAAGCAGAUAGGUGUCUCGGGGCGAAAGGCUAGUUAUUUAUAUGACUUAGCUCAUAAGUAUAAAAAUGGGAUUUUGUGUGAUGAUGCGCUUGUAAAGAUGGAUGAUAAGUCAUUGUUUACCAUGCUUUCGAUGGUGAAGGGUAUUGGUUCUUGGUCAGUGCAUAUGUUCAUGAUCUUUUCACUGCAUAGGCCGGAUGUUUUGCCUGUUAGUGAUUUGGGGGUCAGGAAAGGUGUGCAGUUGUUAUACGGAUUAGAGGAAUUACCUAGGCCGUCGCAGAUGGAGCAAUUCUGCGAGAAAUGGAGACCAUAUAGGUCAGCUGGGGCGUGGUAUAUGUGGCGGUUUGUGGAGGAGAAAGGGACUCCAACUACUGCUGCAGCUGCAAUUGAUGCUGGUAAUGUGCAGCCGUUGCAGCAAAUUCAGACAGGACAGGAGACACAGCAACAUCAGUUGCAGCUUCUCGAGCCUAUAAAUGGCAUUGGGAAUCUUGGGUAUUUGACUAUUUUCCGCCUGAAGUAAUAAUAGUCGUUUCUAUAUUAAAUUCUAGAGUGGUGCGUGGUCAUUAAUCCUGUCAUUGUGAUUGAACUUCGGUUGCCUUCCCGUUGCUUUUAAAUUUGAAUUCUUUUGCAGUCUAUUAAUUGCUCAUGAGAUAAUCUGCAAAUAGCUUGCACUGUGUUUUACAUUCACUGCCCUGUUAGACAACAACCUGCAUACAUAUUUUGAAGUAAUUUCUUAUCUCUUUUUUAUGAUAAUAUAGACAAUAUUUGGUUGUGGGUGGAAAAUCCUGACUGUUGCUUCCUUAUAUAUGCUCACAAUCAUGGCUUCAUAAAAAUCGGUUAAUGUUUGUUAUGCUUGCUUGCAUGAUGGCUUUACAUGAAUAGCUUUCGAAACUAUCAAAAUGUUCAAACUGGAAUCAAACAGCUUGUUGUAUGACUAAAGAAGCUUUUCUUAAACUUUCUCCAGUGGUUGUAGUUGGGAAAUUUUGUAUAUAUGUCAAACUAUCUUAAAUUCUUUAGGUUUUGGAUGUUGAGUUUGUUUUGGAAGUCAUAUUGGAGCUGAGGUGUAUCAAAUAUUGGAAAAAAGAUUCAUCUGGAGAAAAAGAAACAGAUUGAAAGAAGAGUAGACUUUUUACCUUUUGUGAUAGACAUAUGCCUUGAGGAAUGAGGUUGAUUCGUGCUUGGUUGUGAAAAUUUAUGUAUUUAUAUGUAAAAUCAGGUGACUGUAGAGGGGGAAAAGAUGGAGUAUAUACAUUAGUGAGCAUGAAGUGGGCUGCAGUAUGUAGCACCAAAUGAAGGAAGGGGGAGAUCAGAUGUGGUUGUUUUAGUGGUUGAAACAAAGCAGGGUACCACGUUAUACAAAAUGUCAUAGUGUUUGAUUCAUACAAGCCCUUAAAUUUAUGAAAUGAUGGAUAGUGGUGCGUAAAAUUGAAAAUGUAUGCU